UGUGAAUUUCAUCACCCAUUUUCUCCCUUGAAUUUCCUUGUCCAUUGAAUGAUAGAAACCUAGUAUAAAACCUCUUCAUCUGCUACAUCAAACACCUGCAUAUAUUUUGAAGAUUAAAAUCAAAGGAUGGAACUUCUUAUGUCAAAUUGGACUGAUGUUCAAUCUUUGCCAAAAAGUUAUGUAUUCCCACCAGACAGAAGGCCUGGGGAGAAUGCAUUUCCCGUCUGCAAAAAUGUUCCUGUAAUCGACCUCGAAAAGGCUGAAGGCCCUGACAGAGUCGAGACAAUUCAGCAGAUUUUAAAUGCAAGCCAAAAAUUCGGAUUCUUUCAGGUGAUCAACCAUGGAGUUUCUGAAAGUUUAACGGAAGACACGAUGAGCGUAUUCAAGGAGUUCUUCGGGAUGCCAGCUGAGUACAAGGCGAGUUUUUACUCGAAUGACAUCAAUAAAAGUUGCAGAAUUUACUCGAGCACAUUGAACUAUGAUGCAGAAGAAUUUCAUUACUGGAGGGAUAAUUUCACUCACCGAUGCCAUCCUGUCGAAGAUCACGUUCAAGAUUGGCCAGAAAGGCCAGCCAGAUACCGAGAAGUUGUCGGUUCGUAUAGUGUUGAACUGAGGAAGUUUCUGUUGAGGAUUUUGAAUCUGAUUUCUGAAGGGCUUGGAAUCGAACAGGGGUAUUUCGAGGGUGAUCUAAGUAAAAUUCAGUUGCUGUCUGUUAAUCAUCAUAUUCCAUGUCCUGAUCCAUGUUUGACAUUGGGAAUGCCAGAACAUUCUGAUCCUAAUCUCAUUAGUAUGAUUCAACAAUGUUCAGUUCCAGGACUUCAGGUUUUCUUGGAGGGCAAAUGGAUGGGUGUUGAGCCUCUGCCUAAUGCCUUUCUCGUCAUCCCGGGACUCCAGUUGAAGGUAAUCAGUAACGGAAAAUUCAGUAGUCCAUUACAUCGAGUGGUAACACAUUCAGACGAGGCUAGGACCACGAUCUGCUCAUUUUUUAUUCCAUCUCAUGACAUCCUGAUUGAACCAGCCAAAAGUUUGUUAGACGCAGACCAUGCUCCCAAUUAUAAAGCUUUCACAUACAAAGAAUUCUUCAGUACUUUCACUGGGAAAAACUGUGAUGGUGAAGUUGCCCUCGAGUUUUUCAAGAACAAGCCUGAAUAAACCUAUUGAAAAGAAAUAAGCAUCAAGAACUUUGCUGCGGUUGCUUUAUCCACAUUUGUAAUAAAAAUUUGUCCGUAAGAUGUAAAAUUGUCGUGAAUUUUAUCGCAGGGGUCGUCGUGACCAUGUUCGAUCACCUUGCAGAUUGUGAUUUUCGGUUGUUCGAAAUUUCUGAAAGUAGUGUAACUUGUGUUAAAUAAAACUGCGUUUAAGAUAAAUUUUAGUGAAUUCGACUA